AUGUAUGAAUAUAUACAUUUAUUUGUAUAUAUUUUAGUUGCUUUUGGCUUUUCAAUAUUAUAUAUCAAUAAAAAUAGUAUAAAUUAUCAUCAUAAUCAAAAUGAGAAUACUUUUUUUACUAAUACAAUGGAAGAUAUUAUAUUAAAAAAUGAUAAUAAUAUUAAUGAAAAAGUAGAAAAUUCUAUUAUAAAAAAUGAUACAUCACAUAAAAAAAGUAAUGAUUUAUUAGUGAAAACAGAUAUAAAAUCAGAAGAGAGAAAAACUUCUUUUCCUUCUAAUUCAUCUGUUCCUAAUUCAGGAAACCUUUCAAUGAUAAAUAUCAAUAAGACACCAAAAUCCAGUAGAAGGCCUCCAUUAUCGAUGAUCAGGACAAGAGGAAGUGUCAUAAAAAGUGCUGAUUCUUUUAUUAAUACAUCAUCACCAUCAGGAAGAGAAUUUGUCUACUCAUUACAUCAGAAUAAUAAAUUAACUCUUCUUUAUGGAAAAAAUAAUGUAUCUAUAUCAACUUUUGAUGAUAAUAAAAUACUAAAAGGAUAUCUAUCUCUUCAUAAAGAAUUUUCUGGCUUUGUUAUUGUUAAAUGGACUCCUAAUGAAUUAAUGAAUAUAAAUAAUUCUCAAUCAACAACUGGGACAAGUACUUCAAAUUCAUCAUCAAGCUUAACACAGACGACAACAGCUUUUCCUUUUACGUUACCAUCACAUCCAAUGGAUAUAUUAGUAUUAGCUAAACACGUAAUAUCAUUUAAUAUGAAAAAUAUAGCAUAUAUACAUGUUCAUCAAAAAGAUGAUAUAGGAAUGUCAACUGUUGUUUUUGUUGAUACAGAUGGUUCACAACAGGCAUCAUUUUCAUUUGUUAAUUCUAAAAAUUUAAUACAAUUUAUUGGUACACUUGAAUCAUGUCUUGAUCCUUACUUUAAAUUAGAUCCUCCAAUGAUUGAAGAUAAAGAGACACAGGAAAAAUAUUUACCAAAUUUAAAAAAAAAAUCAAGUAAUACUACAUCAAAGGCAUCUUCUGUAACCUCUGAAGAGGAUGGAAAAAAUACACAAGUAAAUGAUUAUAUUUUUAGGGUAAUUUUUAAUACACAAAUGAAAAAUAAGAUAUAUGAUAUGAGUGGAAAAAUGAAACUUCAAAGUACUGGUUUUUCAUUUAAUACCCCUAUAAAUAAUAAUAAUUUAUCAAAAUAUUCAAAUUUUGAAUUACCAAAAUCAGCUCCAGCAUUUAUGUCAAAUAAAAGUAUUACAUCAUUAUCUACAGAACAAUCAACAAAUUAUUCUAUUGAUGUUGAUGAUGAUUUAUCUAUGAUUCAAGAUAAUGUUACAACAAAUAUUAGUAAUGCAUUAAUAUUUAUGAAACAACGUAUCUUAACAAGAGCUUUCCUUGGAUGGUUAAAUUAUUGUAGACAUAUAAAAACAGUUAGAAAACAUUUAUUAAAUAUUGUUACAAUUGAUAAAAUAAAAUGGUAUGAUGAUGAAGAGAUAGAAGAAUCAAAUAGUGGAAUGGUAACAAAAGAAUAUUGGAAUUAUUUAAGAGAAAAUAAAAAUAAUCCAAAAUUGUGGGAAACAUUUAUUGGUAAAGUUUAUCAUUAUGGUAUUGAUAAUGAAAUUAGAAAAGAAGCAUGGUUAUAUUUAUUACAAGUUUUAUCUUGGGAUGAGGAAUUAAAAGAUAAAAUUGAAAUAUUUAAAAUUAAUUAUGAUAAAGAUAAAUUAAAUUGGUUAGAAAUUGAAAAUAUUGUCAUUCAAAGAGAUAAGGAAGCAUUUAUCUCUGCCAGACAAAGACAUUUUAAUGGUAGUGGUAUUCAGGAGGAUGAUGAUAGUGAAAGUAAUUCUAUUAAUAGUCACCAUUUUGAAAAUACCUCUUUUGGAGAAAUUUUUAAUGAUGAUUCUGAUAGUGGUAAUAAAGGAAUUAAAACAAUUUAUGAAGAUACACAAUGUGAUGAAAAAAAUCAGGAAGAAGAAGAUUUAAUAAAUAAUUUUGGCACAAAUUUACAUAGAAUAGAAAAAGAUGUUGAAAGAUGUGAUAGAUCAAAUCAAUUUUUUAAAAAAGCUUCUAAUUUAAAAAAAUUAAAAAGAAUUAUGUGUUCAUAUGUUUGGAGAAAUUUGGAAGAAGGUUAUGUUCAAGGAAUGUGUGAUAUUGCAGCACCACUAUUAGUUAUUUUUGAAGAUGAAGUUAUAGUAUUAGAGUGUUUCUCUAAAUUAAUGGAAAGAAUGCGACUCAAUUUUCCUCAAGAAACUGGAAUGGAUGAUAAUUUUAAAUAUCUUAGGCAUUUAGUUGAAGUAACAGAUCCAGAACUAUUUACUAUGAUAAUGGCACAUGGCGAUUUCACUCAUCUUUAUUUUUCUUAUCGUUGGUUUUUAUUAGAUUUCAAAAGAGAAUUAAGCUAUGAUGGUGUCUAUCGUCUCUGGGAAAUAAUUUGGAGUUCUAAUGUUGGAGGAUUGUCAAAAUAUUUUCAAUUAUUUUUUGCUUUAUCAUUACUAACAGCUAAUAGAUAUAUAAUCAUUGAAAAUGCAAUGGAUUUUACGGAUGUUAUAAAAUUUUUCAAUGAUAUGGCUGAAAAACAUGAUACUCAAAAACUUAUUGUAAUUGCAAGAGCUCAUUUGAAAGAUUUUAGAAAAUUUAUCAUUGAUAAUUGUUCUGAUAAUAGUGAAAAAGAAUCAUAA